AUGCCUAAUCGUCUCAAGCAUAAGCUCUCUCGUAUGAUCCCUUCAUUCCAACUCUGUAGAUCCAAAGACCCUUCUUCUUCGGCCAAAGCUCCAACCCCAGCUAUCUACAAGCUCUCUCCUUUCAACCCUAAAGCACUUGACAUCAAUUACCCUAUCCUCCCAGCCCCACCACCAUCAACGCCUUAUUACAAAUGCCAAGUGUCAAGGAAGAUCAUUUCUGUAGGCUGCAAAUGCCAAUCACGAUCUUGCCCACGCUGCUCCAUAUCAUCAGAUUGGAGCAUUGAAUCACCCGAUUUAGGACAGAAGAAAGAAUUCAAGUGGCAAGCCAAACCUCACCUAAGCAUGCCCUUUUCAUUUUCUGAUGAGAGUGGGGAUAUGUCACCCUUUAUGGUAACUGGAAAAAACAAAAACAGAGGAAUUAAUAUCAAGAAAAGCAAGGACAAAACAAGUGUUUUGUCUGUUGAUACUACUGGGUGCUUGAGCAGUACUGAUGUUGCUGAUGAAGAAACUGAAAACCUACUUUUUUCUUCAAGAAGUUUCUCAUACGAUUCUUCUUGUGAAUUCAGCCAUUCAUUGGAUAGGGUGACCAAGAAAUCAUAUUACGAAACUUUUAAUAAGUCUAUAGGAAACAAAAAAGUGAGUAACAUAAAGAAAAUAAAAAAACUUGGACGCCAUGUUUCAUUAAGCAAGUGGAAAAGAUCAAAGACUGUACUGUCUCCGGAGAUUCCUUCUCCAGUGAGGUCAUCUGUUUUGAAGCGUAUGAUAUCAUGCAAGGUUGAUGGGAAAGUGAAGGAGAGCGUGGCGGUGGUGAAGAAAUCACAUGAUCCAUACCGGGACUUUAAGAGGUCUAUGUUGGAGAUGAUAUUAGAAAGGCAAAUAUUUGAGGCUGAGGAUUUAGAGGAACUUUUACAGUGCUUUUUGUCUUUGAAUUCGAGAAAGUAUCAUGGAGUUAUCGUCCAGGCAUUCUCAGAGGUUUGGGAGAUCGUGUUCUGUGAUUCUCCUGUAAAGAAGACAGCUUCUAUCAGACAUUAG